AUGACACCCCCGCCGGUCCUCUUUCACGCCCUCCUCCGCCCCGCAGUCCUCCAGAUUCUGCGCUCGACAGGCUACCACGCCGCGCGACCCGUGGUUCUUGAUGCUGUGACGGAGCUUGCGGCGCGCUACAUGUUCGCCCUCUGCCAGGCGACGGCGCGUCACGCGGGCGACAACGACCCACAAGGCGAUGGCCCGGGCAUCGUGGACAUGCGCAUGGCGCUGCAGGAGCUGGGCGCCGUGCCCCCAGACGACGUGCUCGCUGAGGGAAGAGGCGCGAUAUUGGGCGAGAUUCUGGACUCGCUGGACGACGAAGGAAGAAUCGAGGCAGGUGCAGAGGUAGCGGCAGCGGCAGCGGUCGUGCCGAACGGCGAGGGAGACCUGACAACGGCUACGCCGGUAGCGGUGGCUGAGAGAGGACGUGACAGAGAGGGAAUCGUCGAGGACACCAGAGGCGUGGACGAGUUCAUCAAGUGGUUCUCGGGACCGCGGAACAAGGCCAUUCGCGAGGCGGCGGUCGGUGAUGGGGAGUUAGAGUUGGGCGACUACUUGAACGUCCUGAAGAAGAAGCACAGCAAAACCGGCGAAGAUUCAAAGUACCACGGCACUAUCAUCGGCAAGGGUAACGACGUAGGCGAGGUCCAAGUCGAAGGCGGCGACCUCCCGAGCAUCCACACCUGGAGGUCCAAGAUGCAAGGCCCGCCGCCGGGCAGCGCGCCGUCGGCGACCUCGCCGCGCAUCAAGGAGGAGUCGAGACCACCGAGCUCGGGGUUGAGCUCUGGGACAAACAUGCGGAAACGGAAGCGCGCCAGCAGCACUGCCAGUCAAGCGAGCGUGGCCAGCACCAGCACGAGUAGGACCGAGGGUCGUGAGAGUCGCGCAGUCCGCCCGAGAGGGGGCCGGGGCCGAGGCGGGUCGACGAUGGCUGGAGGCAGGGUCAAGGCCAGCAGCAGAGCCAGGGCCGCGGCUAAGAGCAAGUCGAACAACAAGAAGAAGGACAGGGAGAAGGAGAGAGAUAAUGGUGGUUUCACGGCAUAG